AUGAGCGCCUACUUCACCGUGACAGAAGGAGAGACCAACACAAGAAAGUAUGCAAACAAGCUGACAGAAAAGUGGGCUGAGAUGUACCCAGAUAUGCCAUUUACUGGCAAACACCUAAUAGCUCAGAUCAGAAACAUAAAGAACAGAAAACUGCUAUCACCAGAUGAAAUAACGAGCAUGAAAACCGAGGCACUAUUACGAUCAUCAUCGUCCCGACUGAGAAAUAUCAGGAGGAGCAUCCUCGAAAUGACAAGCCACCCAAGAUGUGAACUGAAUGUAGAUACGGAGAGAGAGACACCUCUAGAGCUCGAAACAGUCCCCAAUGAGUCUAUUCGUGAGAUAAAGGCCGUAUACGAUGAGAUCAGUAUGAAAUGGAGUGGCAUACCUAUAGAGAAUAGACCGAGAAUAUCCCGAAUAAUAGUAGACGCAGAAGCAAAAAAUACAAUGAAGGCCAUCAACUUAACUCUGGAAAGCGAGAUUACAGAGUCGGAGGAGUUUAACCAGGUGUGUCACAAACUCUAUUGCGCAGCAAUGACAGCGAAUAUGAUCCUACUGAAGAAAACGAAAGAAAAGAUUAACAUAAGGCGACCUCAGAAACCACCAUGGGAGGAAAGAUUAGAAAAGAAGAUCACAGCGUUAAGGCAAGAAAUAGGAAUCAUACAACAUACAUUGAACAGCCAAAAGAUAAGUAGGAAAGUACAGAAAAAGCUAAGACUGUAUACACGACGCAUCCGACUGAAAGAAACGGACUCGCAAUACAAGAUGAAGCUUCGAAUACACUCAGAAGAGCUCAAACAAAAGAUUGCAGCAAAAGGACGCUCAGAUAUAAACAAAAUAACCUGUUUAUGA